AUGGGGAAUUUACCCAGUCAUUCCAACAGACCACAUCACAAACAUCCAUCAACUAUGUCUCAGAACGUUAAAGAUGUCUCUAUGGUUGACAUCAAUGAAGCUAUGAAUGAAAGACAGGAUGACACUUCAAAUAAGGUCGAAACCCCAGGAGCAUCCUCGAACCUUACCCAAUCUCUAUCACAAAUGAACAUUGAUGACAGAAAUGAGUUAACACCACAGCUUUCAUCCAGAAAAUCCACGUUGAUAUUUAAUGACGACUUCGAUGAUAUUUCGAAUCAGCAUAAGCACAUUGAACACCAGAAUAAUUACGACGACGGAAGAAUCAUCACUGACAAUGAAGAUGAGGAUGAGGAUGUUGUGAAUAAUAUCAUAACAGGACCCUCUGAUGGAUCUGCAUCCUCGCUUUCAGCAGAUUCGCCAGCUGCCAGUUCACACAGCGAAGAUGGAAGACAUCAAAAUUCAGCAUACACUAACAACUCUCAAGAACAACAUGCCAACAAAGUUUCAGGAAAUCAUUACGAUGGGAACGUACAACAUCCAGGCCCUGCUAUUAAUCAGCAGACGCAACCGGUACCUGAACGUAGACCUACCAUGGUUCCUGUUGAGAUAACGUGGCAACAAGGCGGUUCCAAGGUCUAUGUAACAGGUUCCUUCACUGGCUGGCGUAAGAUGAUUGGCCUUGUACCUGUUACUGACAAACCUGGAGUUUUCCAUAUCAAGUUACAAUUACCUCCCGGUACUCACAGAUUUAGAUUCAUCGUUGAUAAUGAACUCCGGUUCAGCGACUUUCUUCCCACUGCAACUGAUCAGAUGGGUAAUUUUGUUAAUUAUCUUGAAAUUGUUCCACCUGAGUCGAUGCAAAUGAUGAAUUAUGAACUGGAUGCCCAACAACAGACACAGCAAAAGCAAAAUAUGCAAAAUCAACAACUCUCAGAUAAUGUUUCUCAAUCUCAGAAAAUUCGCGAUCAAACCAUCCAGUCACAGGUUAGAAGGCAACCAUCUCAAAGUAAAGAUGGCAAAUUAAGUGCCAGAUCCCAGCUUGCUUUGCAUAUUGAAGAAGACCCUGAUGAUAUGGGAAACGGAUACACCCGUUUCAAAGAGGAACAACAGCUAAAGACCGAUUAUGAGUAUACUCAGGAUAUCCCUGCUGUCUUUACAGAUCCUUCGGUGAUGGAACAGUAUUAUCUCACAUUAGACCAGCAACAGAACAAUCAACAAAAUAUGUCAUGGUUAACUCCUCCACAACUUCCACCUCAGUUGGAGAAUGUUAUUCUCAAUAAUUACAACAAAAAUGCUGAACCAGGUAGUGAAAAUAAUUCAGGUGCGUUGCCAAUUCCUAACCACGUCGUUCUUAAUCAUUUAGCAACGUCUUCUAUUAAACAUAAUACUUUAUGUGUUGCUAGCAUCGUUAGAUACAAAAGAAAAUAUGCAACACAGAUACUAUAUGCGCCAUUGCAAUGA